CCUACAUCUUAAACGAGAAUUCCUUGCUUUAUUAUUCAAUUUUAUAGUGGGGGAAAUUUCCCAAAAAGAAAAUUUCCGUGUGGGGAAAUUUUGUAUUUUUUCGGCAGAUUCUGCACCCCUGGUUAUUUAUGACUUCAGCUAAAUAUUACCAGUAAUAUUAUUAGAUGUAUGUUUUUCAUUUCUCCUUCAACUAGUUCGACUUUAUUUCAAUGGGAAUAUUUUCAUACGUCCAAACAGUGGAUUUCAGCAUGUACCAAUAUUGUUUUAAAUUGAAAAUAUGUUAUAUUUUUAGAUAAGAAUUAUUAAUUCAAUAUGGAUACUAUUUUUCCAGACGAAAUAUUUUUAAAAAUAUUUCGAUAUAUACCUAGAUUAGAUUUAUUUCGUGGCUUUUAUAAUUUAAAGUCACGUCUCAAUCGUAUUAUAGGUGAGGUACGUGUUUAUAUUCGUUCCGAGUUAAACGAAGAAGAAAAACGAUAUAUUCUUCCAUAUGUUCGUCCUGAACAAAUUCGUUCAUUCUCUGUUAACGAAGAAAAAUAUGAAUAUGCAAAACUAAUCAAUGUAUCAAUAUUCGUGAUCUAA